AUGCCCGUCCUUUCGCGCAUGAUCUCUAUUCCUCUGCGCAUUGGCGAAAUCGCCUUUGCUGCAGUGGUCGCCGGCAUCAUUGGGUCCUACAUGGAUAGGAAUUCGUCUUCCGACAACUGGCCUCAUGCCCGCUUCAUCUACACCAUCGUCGUUGCUGCCAUCUCUAUGCUGCUAGGCGUCAUCUGGCUGAUCCCCUUCUCCCGCGGCUUCUUCACCUGGGCCGUCGACAUCUUCCUCUCUCUAUGUUGGUUUGCUGCCUUUGGCCUGCUCGUCCAGUUUACUCGCGGGUCCUGCGACGCCCGCGCCUUCGACUGGAACGGCAUAACGCGCGGCGGCACUUGCAACAGGUGGCGUGCUGUACAAGCCUUUGCAUUCCUGAGUGCUGUCUUCUGGCUCACUAGCGCCAUUGUUGGUAUCUGGUUCACUCGGCGAGAGAGACGCAAGGUCGCCGUUGAUGCACCGUAUGUCGAAGUUCCGACAGGCUUGUAA